CACGACACCCUACCUUUCCUGGCAGCAGCCUGGGGCCAACCUGCCCACACGUCCAAGCAGGGCACGCUCCCCUGCUCCGGCUCUCUGUACCGCGAUCUUCUCAGAGGAGAGCUGGGGUCUCUGCGUCCUUAGAAGACCUGAGCUGCCCGUCUCUCCUCCAAAGCAAGAUGCUCUUUGGGGCGUUUCUGCAAGAUCAUGGAUCAGGUGGUAAGAGCGCACUGGGCAGUUUCAGACACAGGCUGCAUCACCGAGCCUCCUCUGUCAAAUUUCUGUUGAUCUUGCGGGAAAGGAAAUGUUUUGUCUGAGAGAAUACCCCAGAGGAUGAAUACUGCAGCAGCUACAUCUUGCUGUGCAAAAAUCUUGAUGCUUUUAGGAUUCAACUUGAUAUCUCAUUAGACUGGUAAUUACCACCUUCCUAAACAUUUUAUUGUGCUCCAGUCUCUUUCCUUGACCCUGCCUUGAUGCUGGCAUCCUUCUGAGAUCGCUCAUUACUGUGUGCUUUUGCCUUCCGGCCCCCCGGCAUGGGAAUCGCUGCUGUGUCUCUUCCAUCGCUGUCGUGCAUCAAGCCUGAGUGGGAAUUCGGUGUCCAAGCCAUCAAUUCAGACUUAUCCCAGGCAGUCUGGGGGCUGCAGUGACCUCCCAGACAGCCUGGUACCCACUGAGGGAGCUGGGGGCACUGGUGGCAGGAGAGCAGGAGAUGAACCAGCCAUAGGGUUGGGGGGAAUGGCAGGGAAUGGCACACAUCAUCCCCCCUGUCCCUCCCUGCACCCCUAUACCAGAAGCACCCACUCACCCCUACCAAGGCCUUGGGGUGUCAGAGGAGGGUACUGACCAGAGCACAGGGGGUCUUGGGGACCUCCAAGCUGGGAUGUGGGGGAUAUGGUCUUCCCUUCCUCCCCAUGAGCAGUACCAGCCAUUCCCCAUGUCCCCUCUAGCCACUGCUCCCCCACCCACACCCCCUAUGCUGGUGGGGGAACACAGCCUGACAGUGGGCAAAGCACCCCCCUGGUGCCAGAUGCCCUCUGCCUCUCCAGCAAGGGCAGAAAGCUGCUUCUUUGGCUCUUUAAGCCAGCUAAUUAGCCACUAGGAGUGCUGACAUCCUUGCCUGGCUCACCUGGUGCACCCGCGGCAGGGCGGGAGGAGCUGGCAGGAGGGGACACACACACAUGGGGCUCUCUGAGCCCAGCCACCCCCAAGAUACACCCCGUGUCCCAAAUCCCUCGUGUCGGAGCAUCCUCUGAGCUCCCAGAGUGGGGCUGCGGGGGUCCUCAGCCCAGGGGAGGUGGGCAAGGAUCACUGUGGGCAAUACAGGGUGGUCAGCGUGGGGUCCACGCACAGCACCUCCUGGAACCCCGGGAAUGGCGCUGGGUCAGCAUGUCCCCGAGCAAAGUGGGGUGCUGCAGCCCAUCCCCACCAGCAUGCUGGGGUCACCAGGAAGGGACCAUGGGCCAGGGGCUGCCUGCGCCAGCCAGGUCCUGCCAGGCCAGGCGCCAGGAUCAGGGCUUCCCGGCAGGGCUUGGCUCACCGUGGCACGGCUGGGCAGGGCUGGGCACCGCACGUCACCUGCUGUGACUGAAGGGGUGGCACUGGCGGGGAGGUGCAGAGCUGUGAGUCACCCCCGCCCCGUGCCUCCAUCCACCCUGGACUUUGCCUCCCGCCGAUGCUCAGAGCAAUAAAACCCAGGUGCUGGGGGGGGACCAGGGUGUCAGGGAGGGUCUCCACCUUCAGCAGGCGUUCAGCGGUUGGGGGGCACACGCGUGUGUUUGCACACACGAGCACAGGAGUGCACAGGUGUGUGGGGGAGGGAGCGGUGGGCGCGUGAAGGGGAGCUGUGCAAGCGUGCGUGUGCGCCUGUGUGCAUGAGUGCAAGAAAGCCUGCACAGAGGUGUGCAAGGAGGAGCCAGGUACGUGAGCAGGUAUGUGCAUGUGCAAAGGAGCUGCACAUGUGGGGUGGAGUCAUACGUGUGCAUGUGUGUGCAACAGGCAGUGGGCAGACAUGAGAGUGAACGUGGCACACGCGUGUGCCCCCUGUGUGGCAGGACCCGCCUGCAGGAGGGUCCCGGGCACAUGCAGGGAGCAGCCUGUGUGCGUGCAAGGUGCCAUGCGUGUGCAAGGAUGCCCAUGUGCGGGUGGGCACCCCGCCUGCUCCCGGUGCCCCAGCCCUGGCUAUCACCACCGGCAUGGCCCCAGCCACCAAUGGCACCGCGGGCGGGCCUGGUGGGCGGGUGGCAGCCGCUCCCUGGGCCAGGCGGGUGCCACCCACCACCCUGUCCCCGUCCCUGUGUCCCCGCUGAGGCCAGACAGGCUCCGUGGCCCCACCAGCCGCCCCCAUGCAGCAGGAGCACGGGGGGCAGAGCCCAGGGCCCCCCGAGGCCGAGGUCAAGGCUGUCGUCGUGGGGGACGGGGGCUGUGGGAAGACGUGUCUGCUGGUGUCCUUCGCCAGGGGGGAUUUUCCCAAGGUCUAUGUCCCCACCGUGUUCGAGAAGUACACGGCCUCCCUCCAGGUCGCAGGCAAGCCAGUGAGGAUCCACCUCUGGGACACGGCAGGGCAGGAAGACUAUGACAGGUUGCGUCCGCUGUCCUACUCGGACGCCAACGUUGUCCUCAUCUGCUUUGAUGUCACCAACCCCAGCAGCUAUGACAACAUCCUAACGAAGUGGUACCCAGAGGUGAACCACUUCUGCAAGGGCACCCCGGUGCUGCUGGUGGGAUGCAAGACCGACCUGCGGCAGGACCGGGCGGUGAUGUGCAAGCUGCAGGAGGGGCACCUGGAGCCCAUCUCCUACCAGCAGGGAGAGGCCAUGGCCCGGCAGGUUCGUGCCGUGUCCUACUUGGAGUGCUCAGCCCGGUACCAGGAGAACGUCGGGGACAUCUUCGUGAAGGCUUGCAGCGCUGCACUCAGUGCCGCCCGCCGGAGCCAGCGCAGGAGGCGAUCCAAAAGGGGCUGUGUGCUCUGCUGAGCCCCCCACCCCUGGCACAGCCCUGGGACCCGCUGUUGUCCAUCCCACCCCCACCCUGGCACCUUGGAGGACAACACCUCAGCUUCCCACUGCUGCCAGACCUCCUCUGCCACCGCCGGACCUCCACUGCUGUGGCUGCCACGCUCCCGUCCCCCCACAAACCGGCCCUGGGGGGCUGGCAGCGGUGGUCACGUUGGGGUGCCAGCAGGAGAGCUCCCCCCGGGCACCAAGAAACUGUCACCGCAAGGAGCCCAGCGCCCGAGUGUCCUCUGCCAGAUGGGUGCUGCGAGCAGGGAACUGACUGGGGGGCGGCCCUGUCCCACUGGCAGGCCAGUGCAGGGGGGGGCAGCACAGGGUGAUGUGGGUGCGGGUCUCCCAUUAAAACAGCACUCGCAGCGGCACAGCGGGACUGGAGCCCCCAGCAUGGUGGCAGGGGGACAGGGCUAGCUGCGGGCCCUCAGCGGGGGGGCAGCUGCGGGGAGGGAGCCCCUCCGGCAUCCUGGCUGGGGCACAUACGUGUGUCUAUAGCCAUGUAUGUGUGUGUGCUGCAUGGCCAUAGGUGUGUGUGUGCAAGGCUAUAGGGUGUAUGUGUGCUGCAUGCCUGUAAGUGUGUAUGUGCAUGACUAUAGGUGUGUGUAUGUCAAUAGGAGUAUAUGUGUGUGUGCUGUAAGACUAUAGGUGUCUAUGCAUCUGCUGUACGGCUAUAGGUGUGUACAUGCAAGGCUAUAGGUGUGUAUGUGUGUGCUGAGUGGCACAGGGGUGUGUGUGUAUGUCUAUAGGUGUGUUUGUGUGUACAUAUCUAUGGGGUGUGUAUGCGCACGUCUAUAGGAGUAUCUGUGUGCAUGUCUAUAGGUGUGUACGUGCACGUCUAUCGAGGGAGUGUGCAUGCCUAUAGGUGUGUAUGUGCGUGCGUAUAGGGGGUGUGCGCGCGUGACUGGAGGGUGCCGGUGCGCGCGGGCGGCGCACACGCCCCCGUUCACACGCCCGCCCGUACCCGCCCACGCUGCCGCCGCCGGACGCCCCC